CAGACCCUGACCCGCCCGCAGGCUUCUCAGUCGCGUCAGGUGACUUGGGAGAACGUAGAGGUCUCCCGGAGGACGGAAAACCCACGCUAGAUGAAUUAUGAUUUAUAAACUCUGAUCUUAACAUGAGCACUUAAUGGCGGCGCUCUCGCGCUCUCUCUUUGCCUGCAGGACAGAGUGACAAACCUGCCAAAUCCCAGUACGCCGAGGAUUUGUGUCUAAGCUAGCUUUCUGGAGGGACGUUCCAAAUUACUAAAGAAAGUGGUGGGAGGCAUUGUUUAUUAUGUCUCUUCCGAAGACGCCCUUUCCGUUGCUAACCUCCGCGUCAACACCCGAGGGCAAAAAAUUGGAAGUCUCAGCAGCCAAGGAAGAGGCAGGACUGCCGGAACUAAAGGAGAAAAAGAAUAUGGUGCCUCGUUCAAAACCCCUUCUUGCAUCCCUUCCAAAUGAGUUUAUCCCUGAGGAGGUUCUUCUUUCUCUGAGCUCUGCAGCCAAUGCUGGUCCUUGUCCUGAAAUCUUACUGCCUCCUAAGAAGGUUAAAACCCCAAAGGGUACUCUUCCACGCCCUACUGACCAAGUCUGGCAUCACCCUAUUCGAAGAACUAAGUUCAAGUACCUGAUUGACCAUCCUGUUUCCCUAACGGGUGCUGGAAGGGAUAUUUCUUUUCUGUAUGAUGUUAAAUAUAUUAAAGGAGAGAUUAGGGAGAAUUCGGUUUGUACUCCACGUUUGGACCGUUCAUUACAGUCAAAUGAUGGUGUCAUUGUGCCUCAUAAGCCAAAGAAACUAACAGAUACUUUGAUUCCUGAAGAAUUUCAUAUUGUGUCAAAUACAGGAGUUUCAGGUUUGGAGUGUUAUGAUGACAAAUAUACUACUCUCCUCACAGAUAAUGAAAACAGACUAUUGCUUUUCCCAUCCAUGAAACCUAAUAAAAGAGUGGAAGUGGUCCAACUGAAUGAUGUGAUGGAUGCCAUGCUAGAGAGGGCUGGUGUGGAGAAUCAGGAAUAUACAGCACCAACCAAGAUGCACAAACUACUGCAUAUACUGAAGAAGGAACAGACUAUUUACAAUACAGUAUUUCAUGAACUUAUUCGACAAGUCAGUGUGGACUGUGCAGAUAGAGGAGAACUACUGUCCAAAAUCAGAGAGCGUUACGUACAAAUGCUUGACCAAAUUGCCCGGCAGAUGAUUGACUUCUACAAAGACAUGGUAACUCAGCGAAUAAUGGACCAGCGCAUUUUAGAAGAGUUGUACAAUUUUAAGAAUGUUAUUGAAGAACUGACCAGGGAGCUGUGUCUGGUUCGGGCACAUGAUAUAAAAUUAACAAAGGAAGCAGAGAAGGCCCACAGGGAUUUGGCACAAGCUCUCUUAGAUGCUGAAAAGAAUGCUAAGAUUGUAGAAGAAUACCAUGACUUAUACACGUUGCAAAGAGGAAGGAUGGAGUCUGAUAUUAAACAGUUAAUGACAGAGAGAGAUCUCUGGAGCUCAGCCACAUAUGAAUUGGCCUUAAAGGUAAUUGAAAGAAAUAGAGUUGUGUUGGCUAAACGACUUUACCUCAAUGAAAAGGGUUGGAGUAAAUAUGUUAAGCAUUUCAUCAUACUGCUGUCAGUCAAGGACACUGCAGAUCUUGCACUGUUGCAGAAAUUGACACAGAAGUGGAGAGACUUAAUGAAUAAAUUUAAAAACGAAGUGGAACAAAAUGAAGACUCUACAAGGGAGAAAUUGCAAAUUGUUAACGGUGGCCUUACCAAAUGGCAGCAGUUUUUCAGAAAUAAUAGUAAAACAGACAAUUUAUCCCCUGAUAAAGAAAAUAUAUUCCAAUCAGUUAUUGCAGAUUUCAAGCAGUGGCAACAGAUGCUGGAUGAAGACAAAGAAAAGUUUACUGGGGAUUCUCUAGUGUCGAAAUAUGAUUCUCUCAAAAUCAUUAAACAUUUACAGGAAAACUGGACAGAUAUUGGGUUUGCGAUAUUUAGUCGCCAUAAAAGUAUGGAGGGGGAGGUGCCGCCAGAGCAACACCACAUGAAAGAAAUUGUGAAAACCAUUGGGAGACUCUACAAAGAAUUUGAGAUAAGAAUAAAUGGGGAUAAUGGUAUCUGUAAAAUUCUUCCAAGUUUGAUUAAUUCUAUUGAAUACUGUUCUUUCAAGAUGGAAAGUGUCCUGGAAUUUCCUGAAAUGUAUCUUGAAGAAUGGGAAAGCCUUAAUGAAAAAAUUAGGGAAAUGAAAUCUCGGUUGGAUACCUUGUUAAGCAUUGUUGGUACUGUCCCUCAGUAUACAGACAAGGAUUCUGGCUCGGUACUUCAAGCACAAAUAUUUAACAUGAUUCAACAAUGGCUUUUGAAGAUAGCCAAUGAAAUUCACAAUGGUAACAUUGAACUUCAGCGCCACAUGGGUGAAUUGCAUAUUUCUAUGAUCCAGUGGAUGGUAAACUUGCUGAUCUUAAUGGUGCCUGACUUUAUUGACCAAGACACUCUCCCAAAGUUGGAGAAGGAAAGUGCUAAGACACGUGAUAUAGGGAUUGCAAAGUUAGAGCUGGACGCAAUCACACUGGCCAGAAAGUUAUCGCAAUACUCCUGCUAUUUGAACAGGUGUUGUAGAGGGAUGGUAACAGCUAUGGUUCUGAAUAAAGCAGGUCACUUAGAAAAAAAUCCUGCUAAAGAUCUUUAUGAGCUGGAUGAGAUGAAGAGAGAAUGUUAUGAGUGGAUCACCACGUGUUCUCACCUCCUUUCUGGGCUUAAAGGCAGAAGAAUAAAGUUACUGGCAUCGGAGGAAAAAGAGCACCUGUUUGGAGAAGAGGAUUUUAUAAAAGGAUUAAUUGAGCCUGAAACAGACAGGCUUUUUAGAGAAGAUGAAGAAGAAAGUAUGGAGGAUAAGAAAUUUGAGCAGGAAAAGGAAGAAGAGAAAGAAGAAGAGCCUUCAACAUCCACAGAAGAAGAAAAACUCAUUCGAAGAAUUGAAGAAGAUGAAAAUGUUCAUACCAAACCUCUAUAUGAAACAGAUGUAUUCUCUUCCUGGAGAGAAUCAGCUAGUCAAGGUACAUUGGCCCCAAAGUAUCUUGAAGCAAUGGCUAUAAUUGAACACACACAGGAGAAGCUAACAGAGGUUGAAAGCAGAGCCAGACAAGCAGAGGAGAAGUUUGAGGCGGUAAAUGAGAAAUUUCAUUAUACCCUUAUAAGAAAUAAAGAACUGGAGAGAGAAGUAGAGAGUUUGAUGUGGUCUCGAGAGAAGGAGACUGAAAGAGGAAAAGAAGAAAAUGAAAGAGAAAAAGAAGAAGAAGAAGAAGAAGAGGAAGAAGAAGAAAUCAAGCCAGUAGACCAGUCCUCAAAGUCUCUAAAGAAAGAUGUGCAGCGCAACCCUAAAUCCAGAACCCGGACUAAACCCAAUAGUAAGACCAAACCCAAGUAGCAUCCUUAGGGUGCUGGGCUUCCGCAUGGCUCCCCCCACCGCUGCCUAUGUGCUACUGAGCUGACACUUCAUGCUGCUCCAUCCGGGGAGGUGGGGGGGCUCCCUGUGCUGCAGCUACUAGAGAAGCCAUGAAUAGUUUUUUGUUUU